AUCUCUCUUUCCACCACUGAAAUCAUUUCUCUCCUCUCAACACUCUCUCAAAACAGAGUUCAAAUUCAGUAUUGAAUUCUACGCCCAGAAAUCCUCCGAUCGGUCUUGAAUUUUGAAUCUUUAUCUGAAAACCUCAUACAAAAUAAACAGCUAACCGGAAUUCUCUUGGAGAAAUCUAAGGAAGCCUAAAACCACCAACUGGGUCUCCCUCAAAAUGGCCCCUACACCUUCUUCUAAAUUAAACCAAACCCACCCCAUCAAGACUCCACAAUCUAAACACCGUCUCAAUUUUACUUCGGCAAGAACCCCAAAUCCACAUCCAUCUCCAAACCCAAACCCAACGGUCAAAGAAACCACUCAGGGAGACCAUCCCAUUGAAGUUAUUGGCCGGAUACGCGAUUAUCCAGACAGAAAAGAAAAACCCAAUUCAUUCUUGCAAACAAAUCCCGAUAACCAGACCCUACGUGUCCGUGCUGAUAUUGGUUAUAGAGAUUUUACACUGGAUGGGAUUUCUUUCUCUGAGGAAGAAGAUCUCGAUGCAUUUUACAAGAAGUUUGUGGAGUCUAGGAUUAAUGGGGUCAAAUUGGGUAACAAAUGCACCAUAAUGAUGUACGGGCCAACGGGUUCGGGGAAGAGCCACACCAUGUUCGGGUGCUCAAAGCAGGCUGGGAUUGUGUAUCGGUCAUUAAAGGAUAUACUGGGAGAAGGAGAAGAGGGGAGUGAAGGGAGCGAUGGGCAGAAAUUGGGGAUGUGCACCUUUGUGCAAGUUACAGUUUUGGAGAUAUACAAUGAGGAGAUUUAUGAUCUUUUGUCAAGUGGCUGUGGGGGCGGAUUUGGAAUUGGAUGGCCCAAGGGUGGCAAUGGAUCCAAGGUAAGACUUGAAGUUAUGGGAAAAAAGGCCAAAAAUGCUACUUACAUAUCUGGGACUGAACCUGGAAAAAUUUCCAAGGAGAUUCAGAAAGUGGAGAAGCGGAGAAUAGUUAAGAGUACCCUCUGCAAUGAUCGAAGUUCUAGGAGCCACUGCUUGAUAAUCCUGGAUGUCCCUACUGUGGGAGGCCGGCUUAUGCUUGUUGAUAUGGCAGGCUCAGAAAAUAUAGAACAAGCAGGGCAGAACACUUUUGAAGCAAAGAUGCAGACAGCAAAAAUUAACCAAGGAAAUAUAGCAUUGAAGAGAGUAGUGGAAUCUAUUGCUAAUGGAGAUUCUCAUGUGCCCUUUAGAGAUAGCAAGUUGACCAUGCUGCUCCAGGAUUCCUUUGAGGAUGACAAGUCCAAAAUUUUGAUGAUAUUAUGUGCAAGUCCAGACCCCAAGGAGUAUCACAAGACAAUCUGUACCCUUGAAUAUGGAGCAAAAGCAAAGUGUAUUGUUCGUGGUCCUCAUACACCAAAUAAGGAUAAAGUUGGGACCGAUGAUUCUUCUUCUGUAAUCUUAGGAUCCAAGAUAGCAGCCAUGGAUCAAUUUAUUUAUAAGCUACAAAUGGAGAACAAACAAAGAGAGAAAGAAAGAAAUGAGGCUCACAAACAGCUCAAAAAGAAAGAAGAAGAAGUCGCUGCACUAAGAGCACUUAUUGAAGGGAAGGGAUCUGCAGCAAGUGAAGAAGAGAUCAACUUGAAGGUGAAUGAGUGCACAAGGAUGCUGAAACUUGAGUUGGAAAAUAAGUUGGACGAGUGUCAGAGAAUGGCUGAAGAGUUUGUUGAAUUGGAGAGAAGGAGAAUGGAAGAGAGGAUAUUGCAACAGCAGCAGGAAGUUGAAAUGCUCAGAAGGCGGUUGGAAGAAAUUGAAUUUGAGCUAUGCCGUUCCAGGGAUGAUAACAAUGAAGAUAAUGGGUCAAGAGACCUGGAUGGAAGCAGCUUUGCCAGAAGGCUGUUGGGAGUUUAUGCUGAUGAGGAGCCAGAUAUGGUGAAAUCAAUGGAUAUGGUGAAAUCUAUGGAUUUGGACAUGGGAGAUCAAGAAGCAUUUGUUCCUGAUGUGAAAUAUGUAGAUGCUGUUAGAAAGUCUAACAACAAUGAUAUCCAACGUUUGGCUAACUAUCCUCAUUUAAACAAUUUGAAUCAGGGUGUUGAUCAUGAUGUUUCUGUGGCAAACUAUGGUGGUAAAUUAUGUCUGAGCACCGUAUUUGAGGAAGAAGAAGUAGAAGAGGAGGAACAUAAAGAGGAUGAGGAAGUGGAGAAAGGAGUGAUAGAGGUAAAGAGGAUUGUUGAUGCAGGAUCUUCUCAGAAAUUUGAUGUCCCUGACCCAUCUAGAGGAAAUUUAGUGCAAGAAAGUUAUAUGAAAGACGGAUUGGAGGUUAGAUGCCUGGGUUCAGAGAAUGUUGAUGCAGCCUCUUCAAGACGAUUAAGAAUCCAAAAUAUUUUUACACUUUGUGGCAACUACAGAGAACUCUCUCAACAGAUUAGAACGCCAGCACCUGCAAAAAAGAUGUUUGAAGACAGUGAUUCUCGCUUAACUACAUUUAUUGCUCAUCGAGAGGAAUCUAUGAUGAAAAGUUCUGGUGAAGAAAACUUGCCACUCCAGGAAAACGUUGCCUUGGUAGAAUCGGGGAAAAAUAUUUCUGAUCUAAUGGCACUGGUUUCAAAGGAGAACUACAACCCCUUGAAAGAAAACAAUGAUGCACAGAUUGAUGUGCAUGUGAAAUGGGAGGCAUCUAAAGGAAAUAAUGGGAAGUUUAUCACCACACUUAAGGUUGUGAGGGAUGCAACACUUUCUGAUCUGCGAAAGCUGAUUGAAAUCCAUCUUGGUGCAGAUAAUCGAGCAUUUUAUUUUCUUGUGCUUGGGGAUCCUACUGGAGCACCUGUUCCAAAGGAGAAGGAAUCAACGGUUCAGGCCAUCAAACUCCCCAUUUGCAACAAUCAAUCACGCGGUUACCUUGCUUGCUUGCGACCAUUGAAUCAUCUCCCAUUAAGCCCUCUUCCAGCAACUCCCCUGGAAAACAAAGUGCCACUAACUUCCCUGGAAAACAAACUUCCACUGACUCCCUUAGAAAACAAACUACCACUCAUUCAAUGUGAUGGUUUAUCACCAGCUCAGCAUCUAAGUUCUACACCCUUCAUACGAAAAUAUUAAUGUAUUUAGCUGAAGUGCGAUGAGUAUAUGCGUUAUAUACUCUUAUUGUUUGUGCUUAAAUUGUUAAUUUGUUGAUGUGUGAAGUAACUUUGCAAUAUAAUAGCAGCAGUAUGUUUUGCUAAUUGUUCCUUUUCCAUCUUCUGCUACUAUCAUUUUCCUUAGGAUGCCUUGCUAUAGCAAAUUGGUUUCUGUAGCACGAUGUACAUUUUGUGCAAGUAAUUACCAUCUUGCUUGGAUUGUUGAACCAUUGAUUGUAUUUCAAAGUUUUCUUGAAGCUUGUAUUGAAUAGCAGCUUCAAAUGUGAAGUGUAACUUGAAGAAACAUUAAUAUUC